GGUCAUAGUCAAUCAAGGUGACGCCGGACUGAUGACCUUGGACCGGUUUAAAACUAUAAGCUGAUGUCGGAUGAUAUAUGGGAGGAGAGUGCUGUCAAAGGAUUUCAAUUUGAUUUAGAGGAAGCAGAUAAUACUUCAACGUACUCUCAUAUUCUCGGUGAUAGCUUUGGUGAAACAUUUUGUGAUGAAUCAAUAACAAUAGACUUUAACAAUCAAUUUUGUACAAUAUGCCAUAACUUAAUCGGUAAUGAGAUUUACUAUGAAAAAGAUGCUACGUUCUGUUCAGAGGCAUGCUGGUUGAAAGCAAUUACAAUAGCUCUUGAUGAUUUUGUUGUUGGGGGAAUGAGUACAUGGCCAUUGAGUACUUUUGUUUCACAAUCUUCUAAAUCAGUUAUUUUAAAUUUGACUACAAGCACUUUUGAUGGAAAUUUAAUUACAAAGAUUGUUAAUGAACUUAGGAAUUCAUUAUCAGAAAGCACUUUUGAAAAUAUUUUGCUAAAAAACCCCGUAGCCGGGUUUCAUUUUCUUAACUUCCUUAGAAAUACUGGACAGUUAGUAGACUUAAAGAAAUAUAUGAAAAUACUAGGUUUUAUCAGAGAAAGUGAAAUUUCUAGCUAUAGUCAGUUGAUGCAAAAGUUGAUGAAUUUAUCGUCGGGUCAUGUAGACGAAGUUAAUAAACAUUUAAUGCAGAUUGCAGAAUCUGAAGUAGCCUCAAAUCUUGCUGUUAAAAAUAUUGUUGAAAUCUCUUCUGAAUUGGCUGUUAUCUUGGAUUAUCAGAACAGCUAUGAAAAAGAAUGGAGUUCAUAUUACAGUGAACUUCUUAUACGUACAAACGCCCAGAAAAACGCUACUACACUUCCUGAGAGUUUGUUGAUGCAGCCAUUAUGCGAAACUCUUGGUGCAUUGGCGAGGAUGGAUCAAAGCAUUAAGACCAAUAGUCGGGCUGAAACUCUUGGGAAAAAGUUCAAAAUAUCGGAUGAACAGUUUAGAUGGUUGUUGAUAGAGCCCCUUGUUCAGUCACGAAACUGGGACGAUCUGGAAUUUAUCAUGUUAAAAAAGAAAUCUUUGUCGCGUCGUAUGGAGGUUACCAUCCCAACUGACCGUUUUAUCCUUCAUCUCAAUUCAUUAGGUGUCCCAAACAAUAUUAUUGAAAGUUACUUGAAAUAUCUAAGUGAUGAUGAGUUUAUACAGAUUGUUAUUCGGUUAAAUAUGGUCGAUGAAGCGGUUAAACUCUGCUUGGAAAAGCGAAAUAUCAACGCUUUGAAGGAACUCAUGUCUCAAAUACCUGGCAAUCAUCAAAAGAAGAAAGAAAUAUCUCACUAUCUAUCAGUUCCUGUUGCACAGUGGAAAGACUUUGUUUGUAGACAAGCGUUUUGAAACGAACUUUUCAUUUUACAUUUUUGAGAAACACUGAUGAGCUGGAUUUUGAGCCUCGACUUUUGUACGCACAUAUGUAUCGUCCCGUUAUCAACUGAUAUAACAAACGAAUAAUGGUGAAUAAUCCUUGCGAUUCCCGGGUUUCACUUCGAUCAGUAUGUCUUUGUAAUCGUAUUAUCAUAGUUGUAAUUCCAAAGAUAAUGCAAAUGAUUGUUUUUAUCGUGAGAGUUACGAAGAUGUUCUCAAUUUCGUGGGAUAAUAAUCUAAAAGGCGAGAAAACUACAAUAUUAUUGUGUUAAAAAAUAUUCAAGAUCUACUUGCAAUCUUUUGAAAACUGGAUAAGUAGUAGUCCUUGUACCAUUUUUGAGCAAACAUUAUGUACAAUGACGUACAUACAAACGUACUUAUAUAAGAGAUUUGUUUAGAGAAAUAUAGCGAGAGCCAAGUAACUUCUUAAAGAAUGAAAUCUAAAUGAAACAUUAGAUUUGUGCGGCUGUCGUUAAAUAUUCAGAUGGAGACCCUUAAUGAAUUUUCGCCUAGUUAAGGCUGUUACCGGUGGAAGAGCUCUAUUUAUUACAUUCUACUGGCGGAUAGCGAGGCAAGUUUAGUGAAAUAAAUAUUGGACUUACGGACAUAAUUUUAAAGAUAGUUUUCAGUGUUCUUUUUAAUAUAAAACGAAGUCAACGAACAUUUA